CCUCAGAAUUGUUUCAUGGAUGAGCCCUGGCACUGAAGAUGGGAACUGCAAUGGAGCCCUGGUUCAGGCUGGAGCCACAGAGGUGGAAAGACCCCAUACAGGGCUAGCAACGCAAACUAUCUGAGACAUAAUAAGAUGCCGGGGAUUGUUCGUUCCUCUUCUCCACCCCCGCUUUUUUAAAGAACUCCCCUAGGUGAAAAAAUAAAAGGCAACAUGCCAGGUGUCCGGACAUCUUGUGCAGAAUUUUAUCCUUCCACUUGGCUUCUCUCUCUGGGCAAGAAUUUCCAAACAGACACGCGCACCCUUUUUCGACGGGAACAACUUCUGAUCCGCUCCGGUAUCCGAAGCCGCUAGGCAAGCCAAGCGUGCGCAUUACUUUCUGGCUGCCGCCCGAUCUCUCCCUAGCUCGCUCCCUUUCUUUGGAAUCCCGCCGGGAAAGCUUUGAAGAAAGAAAGAAAGAGGAGGGAACGCUCAAACUUCCCUCCACUGCUAAGCUUGUGGCUCCGCUAAAGCUGCGCGUUCCCCACUGCGGCGGGCCGGGGGGGGGGAGCAAAACGGAGGUGAGAGAGAUGGAUCUUUAAGAGUUAACGUCUCCUUUGGAAAAGAACUACACCUAGAAAUUGCUGCUGCUGCUCCCCCUGCGGAACGCGCUGUGCCGGCAGAGGCUGGUUUUGCAACUGGCGAGAGACGACGACGCGCGCCUAAAAGAAAAGAGCGCUCGCUCCAGCGCAAGGAAACGAGCCGGGCAAGCGCAGUCGCGCACCUGAAUUGCAAGAGGCAAACGUUAGAACCCCGGCGGGCACAUUUCUCGCCCGUCCCCCGCCGCGAGUCUUUCAUUAAUUGAGCGUCCUGCAAGGCUAUUGGCUGGAGUUCUCCGAGGUAUUUGCAUGAACAGAAGAGCAGAGGCGAGGGAGGGAGCGUCUCCAAUUUAUUUAUUUCCCUUCCCCAUGCUGCGGGGGCUUUUUUUCCCCCCUUCCCCACGUAGGGGACCCUCAAUGACCGCAUUUGGAAUGAGCAGUCGAGGGAAUGAGACUAGGCGCAGCUCGCCACCAGUCCUAGGAUCCAGCUGGCUCCUUGGGAAGAGACGUCGACAGCUGGCUAUGGGGCAGCGAUCCAGCCCUGGGAGCAGUACAAGCACCAGUCAGAGGAACCUGCCGAACUUACUCAUUUUCCUGCUCUUCCUUGGACCUUUCAACUGCUUUGCAAGCUAUAGUCGUGCCACUGAACUUUUCUACAACAUCAAUGAAGGACUACCUGCCGGGUUCCUCAUCGGGAAUCUAGCCCAGGAUUUACAGGUUCAAGGGGCAGCAGAGGAACAGCCAGCUGUAGAGAGAGAGCAGCAACCUCAGCAAUGGGGAAACCCUCCACUUUCCUUUAGCCUUGCCUCCCAAGGAUUGGGAGGUCAGUAUGUGAACCUAGACAACCGGACAGGAGAACUGCGCACUUCGGCAAAGGAAAUUGACCGGGAGGCACUAUGCACGGAGGAUAAUGUUGGGUCUAGUGUGGUUGCCUCGUCUUCCUCCUCCUUACCAGAUUCAUCAUCUGAGUCAUGCUUGCUGUUGCUGGAUGUUAUGAUAUUGCCUCAGGAGUAUUUCCGCCUUGUCAAGGUGAAGAUUGCCAUCCAUGAUGUUAAUGACAAUGCACCAUGCUUUCCCAUGCCACAGAUAUACCUCUUUGUGCCUGAGAAUUCACCAGUCAAUACCCGUUUAGCUAUUGAACACCCAGCUGUUGACCCAGACAUGGGUACCAAUGGGGUCCAGAUAUACCACCUGCAAGAUGACUAUGGGGUUUUUACAUUGGAUGUGGAGGAAAAUGAAAGUGGAGAAAGAACGCCUUAUCUGAUUGUCAUGGGUGCCUUGGACAGGGAGGCCAGAGACAAGUAUAUCACCCUCAUAAUUGCAGAGGAUGGAGGCGUUCCACCACUAGUGGGCAGUGCCACCCUCACCAUUGGAAUCAGUGACAUCAAUGACAACUGCCCUCAAUUCAAUGAGACCCAAAUCAAUGUCACAGUCUUUGGGAAUUCUAGCAUUGGGUUGCAUGUAGCCUCUGUCCAUGCUGUGGAUGUGGAUCAGGGCAUCAAUGCAGAGAUCACCUAUUCCUACAGCCAAAAGGUGUCUCAGUUAUCCCGCACUUUGUUCCACCUUGAUGAAAGCACAGGUGUUAUCAAGCUCUCCAGAAGGAUUAUUGGUGACACUCCUCGUCUCCAUCGGCUGAGCAUAUUAGCCAACGGCCCUGGUUGUAUCCCAGCAGUGAUCACUGUGUUAAUAUCCAUCAUCAAAGUCACAAUGAGACCUCCUGAAGUGAUUCCUCGUUUUAUAGCUAAUGAAGUGGAAGGGGUGGUUUACCUGAGGGAGUUAGAACCUGUUAACACACCAAUUGCGUUUUUUACCAUAAAAGACCCAGAUGAAAAAUACAAAGUGGAUUGCUGUCUGGAUGGUGAUGGCCCAUUCAGGUUGUCACCGUACAAACCAUAUCACAACGAGUACUUAUUGGAGACUACAAAGCCGUUGGAUUAUGAGGCUCAACAGUUCUAUGAAGUAUCAGUGAUUGCAUGGAAUACUGAAGGAUCCCACGUCAAAAGAAUAUUGAAAGUGCAGCUGCUGGAUGAUAAUGAUAACUCUCCUGUUUUCUCUCAACCACUGAUAGAAUUAUCAAUAGAAGAAAAUAAUGUUCCAAAUGCGUUUUUGACCAAGCUGCAUGCAACAGAUGCUGACAGUGGAGAAAGAGGGCAAGUGUCUUAUUUCUUAGGGCCUGAAGCCCCUUUGUAUUUUUCUUUAGAUAAAGUCACAGGAGUUUUGACCGUUUCCACCCAGCUGGACAGAGAAGAAAGAGAAAAAUAUCGCUAUACAGUUAAAGCGGUAGAUUCUGGAGUACCAGCCCGAGAAUCAAUAGCCACAGUUACCAUCUCGGUAUUGGAUAAAAAUGACAACAGCCCAAGAUUUAUCAAUAAGGAUUUCAGUUUUUUUGUGCCAGAGAAUUUCCCAGGCUUUGGCGAAAUUGGAGUUAUAAGUGUCACUGAUGCAGAUAUAGGGCAAAAUGGCUGGGUAGCACUUUCUGUUGUAAAUGGAAGUGACAUCUUUGUUAUAGACACUGGCAAAGGAGUGCUAAGAGCUAAGGUCUCUCUAGACAGGGAGCAGCAGAGCUCAUACAUCUUGUGGGUUGAAGCAGUUGAUGGAGGUGAUCCUGCCUUGUCCUCUACUGCAAAAAUAACUGUCCUUUUAUUAGACAUAAAUGAUAACCCACCAUUGGUCUUGUUUCCUCAGUCUAACAUGUCUUACCUCCUCGUCCUUCCUUCUACUCUACCGGGAUCUCCUAUCACUGAAGUCUAUGCUGUAGAUAAUGACACUGGAAUGAAUGCAGUCAUUGCAUAUAGUAUAAUAGGGAGAAGAGGUCCCCGACCAGACUCCUUUAAGAUUGACGGCAAGACAGGCAAUAUCACUCUGGAGGAGUCGCUCAUGCAGAAUGACUAUGGCCUCUAUCGGCUUCUUGUUAAAGUCAGUGAUCAUGGUUAUCCAGAACCUCUCCAUUCCACCGUUAUGGUGAAUCUCUUUGUCAAUGACACUGUGAGCAAUGAGAGCUAUAUUGAAAGCCUUUUAAGAAAGGAACCUGACAUUAAUAUUGAGGAAAAAGAACCACAAAUAUCUAUAGAACCCACACAAAAAAGAGUAGAGGCAGCAUCUUGUAUGCCUACUUUAGUGGCCCUGUCAAUAAUAAGCUUGUGUUCAAUAACACUGGUAACUGGAAUGGGUAUUUAUAUCUGCCUAAGGAAAGGAAGAAAAUACCACAGAGGAGACGAAAAUUUGGAAGUACAAAUCCCAUUAAAUGGAAGAAUUGAUCUACAUAUGCUGGAGAAGAAACCUGUAGAAAUUUCCAAUAUCUGAUGGUUUCGAAUAGACGAUCACAACCAAACCCUAACAAUUCUGAACUAUGAUUAACUUCCCAAAUGGAGGAUUGUCAGCAGUAGCUACAAUGGACUACUGAUUUAUAACUUAUUGUAAUUGUAAAUAGCUGUUUACAGUGUACAGCUUUUUUUAAUGAAACCAUAGUGCUAACAGCUAGUAACCUGUCUGUGUAGACUUGGUCAUCACAAGACCCAUCUAUAAACUAAGUCAGUAUUCAUAAAGUGAAAGGUAAGACAAUGACACAUUCAUUGUUACAUUCUUCAUUCCUAUGUCAUUUUUUUACCACAAGAGGGCAACAUCUGCCAUUCCUGUAAAUGAGACUGUUUAAAAGAAAAUGAAAAGUAUAUUUUAAGACAUACUGUUUUUCUAAAGGAGAAAAAGAAAAUAAAAGUAUGGGUUUAAGGUAUAAUAAAUAUAUGUUCUAUUGUAUAUAAAAGAUGAUGACAAGAAAAUAUGCACUGGUAAAUCAAAAUAGAAUGUUUUAUUACCUCAGAUGUGUAUGUAUAUAUAUGAAAGGCAUAACAAGAAGUGCAAUUUCUUGAGGGUGCACACCAUCCCCUUGUGAGGUUAUGAACAGAAUGAGAUGUUCACUUCCCGUUCAGCAUGGACAACAGACACUAUAAAUUGCUUCAGCAGUUAGUUCACUGUUAUGAAAUACUGUGAUCAGUAUCUCAUGGAACAAAUAAGAGAAAUGUUAUCUGGGAUCCUAAGCUAUCCAAGUGUGCACAGAACAGGGAGACAGUUGCCUUGCCAAUUUCCCUGACUAGUGCUCGCUUCUUGGAACUCAUGGAAUGCCUCUGUAGGUUUCCCCAAGCUUUGUGGAGAACCUUCAGAAUGAAUGAAGGGCUGCCACUACAGUCCAAACUACAACAGCCUGAACCUAUGCAUAUGUACCUAGAAGUUGUCAGACGGAGUUCAGUGGGACUUUCCCCUUAGUCUACAGGGCUGUAGACUAAAUGUGACAAAGCAAGAGAACAGUGAAAUGCCAAUUAUUUUAAAGGAUUGUCUCUUACUUGAGAAUAGCAGGGCCUGAUGAACCAUCACAUUGAAUCCAGCAAAACUAUCAAUACCCGGACACCGGUUUCCAUGUAUGAAUUGUCCUUCUUGGCCCUAAUCCUUAAGUCCACAUAGAUGCUGCAGAGGAGAACUCCUACAUUUUGUUCAUCACUCAUGUACAGUGAGUGAAGAACAAAGGGUGUGCGGAUUCCACACACCCUUGCUCCAAAUGGAUGACCAGUGCUGUCAGAGGCAGAGCUUACAAUCUACUGAGGCCUAGGGGACAGGUCUUUUUGUACAGUUCCCACUUCACGCAAGGAUCUCUGGAGAGAUGCCCACAAUCAAUAUCCUUCCAUUUCAGAAUCCAUCCACCACUACCCCAGCUAAAAAAUAUUUUUGAUCUGGUAAACCCUGGUUGAAGUCUGAGUUGUUGUCAAUAAUGCAUUGUAGUUUCAACAAUCUGUCAGUAGUAUUCCAUCACUUUGGUAGUGGAACUUUUUUUUUUUUUAAUGUGAUGUUUCUGGGUUAGAUCUUUCCAAUGGAAACAAAAAUUGCUUCUCAAUCUUGGAAUGUGAAAGUUUUAUGUGUUGACUCUUGCUAUUCUCUUGAUGAGUAUUUUGUGUGAGAGAACAGCUAAUUACUGACUUUUGGCUCCGUUCUUUUUCAUUAGCUUAGUCUUCUGGAUCAUGUCCAGAAUUUUACUUCUUAAAACCAGUGACAUAUCUUCGCAGGAAUUUAGACACCUGUCUGCCUCUGCAGCUAUACAGCAGAGGGUUAUCAGCAAUGCACUCCUUUGACAGUGAUUGCAAAAGCUGCAAAGCUAUCAUGCCAGAUGCCUGCAUCAAAUCUAGAUGUGUAAAACAAAUGAAUGUUAUGCUUAGAACUGACACUUUUCUUGAGUUCUGACAAUAUGUCUGUACUGUACCAAAAGUGUUUAUAUGUCUGCAAAUAA